AGACGUACUGAGCUACCAACAUUAUAAACAAGUCCUCCAUUUUUUGAGGCAGCUGAUAUUUGUUUUAAAGUUUGUUCUUACAAAUUUUAUUCGAUAACUGUUCCAAAAUGGGUGCUUCUUUUCUUCCCAUCACCAUUUUCACCGUUUUGUGGGGCAUAGUGGGUAUCGUGUGUCCUAUUUUCGCCCCCAAAGGGCCUAAUAGAGGAAUCAUCCAAGUGGUGUUAAUGUUAACAGCUGCAUCGUGUUGGUUGUUCUGGCUGUGUGCGUACAUGGCACAGAUGAACCCCCUCAUUGGGCCUAGACUAACCAAUGACACAUUGAUCUGGAUCGCUCACACCUGGGGCAACCCGUUAGAAGCUGGCACCAAGUAAGGAAGAAGUGGUAGAGUUGAAAAACCCAAUAAAAUUUAAAUGUUUCUAACAUGAAUGUUGUUAAAUAUAAAUUUUAAUGUUAAGACUAUAUCAUUGACCUCUAUAAAUAUAUGCUGGUUAGGUCACUGCUCGAAAAUGACAGUUCUUGCUUCGUAACUUAAACUGCCAGUUGAAGCUACUAUCGGUUUAUUAGUUUCCAUCAUCACCACCAAUCGCUACAAUCGGCACCAAAAUG